GUACAGGGAGCCACAGGAACUAAGUCGUAUUCAUGGACUACUCAAAGAACUGUGGACUUAGGCAUGGGGAAAGUAACCCAUUCCUUCCUAGUGAUACCAGAAUGCCCAUAUCCCUUGCUUGGGAGAGAUCUCCUGUCUAAAAUGAGAGCUCAAAUUCAUUUCUCAGACGAGGGAGCUUGGCUAAUGGACCAAAAACGGAGGCCGAUACAAGUACUCCUGACAACUGACCUAGUCGAGGAAUACAGGCUCCACCUAGAACCUGAGGCUCCCGGGCAAGAAAUUCAGGCUUGGCUCCAAAAAUUUCCCCUAGCUUGGGCAGAAACUGGGGGAAUGGGACUAGCGAAGCAUAGGCCUCUGGUCUAUGUAGAGAUCAAAUCAGAUGCUGAUCCAGUCAAAGUCCGCCAGUACCCCAUGUCCCUAGAAGCAAAGAAGGGAAUAACACCUCAUAUAAGGAGGCUUCUGAGUUUGGGAGUCCUGCGACCAAUUCAGUCCGCAUGGAACACUCCUUUGUUGCCAGUCAAGAAACCCCACACAGGGGACUACAGGUCAGUCCAGGACUUAAGGGAAGUGAACAAGAGAGUGGUGGAUAUUCACCCCACUGUGCCUAACCCAUAUACCCUGCUGAGCUCACUACCUCCAGACCGGCAGUGGUACUCUGUUCUGGACUUGAAGGAUGCCUUUUUCAGCCUCCCUUUAGCCCUCAAGAGCCAACCGCAUUUUGCCUUUGAGUGGCACGACCCUGAGAUCGGGAUCGGCGGGCAGCUGACAUGGACUAGACUCCCUCAAGGGUUCAAAAAUUCUCCAACCAUAUUUGAUGAGGCUCUUCGUGAAGAUCUGGGUGAGUAUCGCACCCAAAAUCCAGACAUCAGCUUGUUACAAUAUGUAGAUGACUUGUUGAUUGCUGGGAAGGACAAGAAACUGAACAUUUACACUGACAGCAGGUAUGCAUUUGCCACUGCACAUAUCCAUGGGGCUAUAUACUUGGAGAGGGGGCUGUUAACUGCAGAGGGAAAGACUAUUAAAAAUAAACAAGAAAUCCUAGAGCUACUAAAGGCCCUCUGGGCCCCCAAGAAACUAGCAAUCAUGCACUGCCCGGGGCACCAGAAAGGAGAAGGGCCAAUUCAACAAGGAAACAAUUUGGCUGACCAGACAGCCAGACAGGUGGCCAUGAUGGCCACAAUAGCUCCUAUGCUUGUGGACCCUGGGGCCCAUGACCUUCCCCCUUUACCCCAGUACACGGAUAAAGACGAGGCAUGGGCGAGAUCUCUACCCAUGACGCACCUGGUAGAGGGAUGGGGGCAGAUAGCUGACGAUAAGAUCAUUCUGCCUCAAGAACUGGGACGAACAAUGCUCCGAAAAAAUACAUUGGGCAUCCCACCUGGGAAUCAGGAAAAUGCAAGAUCUCCUCAGACACUCUGCAGUGAAAAUUAA